AUGCCAGCUGAAACUGCAGAGCGGUCGCGCCGCUUGUAUGCGAUACUUAGCAGUCUGCUGCAGCACAAGCCGAAGAUGUUGUUGCGACAAGUGCCGAACCGCAACGGCUAUGAGACUUGGCGGCAGCUGGUCAACAUCUACGCACCGCGAUCGAAAGUGCGAGGACUUGCACUGCUGAAUGCCAUCAUGUCAUUUCCCCCGUUUGUGAAAAGCAAAACGACCAGGGAGCAGGUUGACGGUUUGGAUCGCCUUGCCCAGGAGUAUGAAAGGGUCUCAGGAGUGGCUGUGAAUCCAGAUAUUCUCCUCGGGACUUUACUUCGGGUUUUGCCGGCGCACUUGAGAAACCACAUUCAGCUUCAGAUGAAAAGUGACACCAGCUAUGAGCAGGUCAAGCAGUUCAUUCUGACAUAUGAAGUGACGACCAGCAAUUGGUCGGCGUCCAAAGUGCAGCAAAGCUUAGGAAUAGGCCCCUCGGGUGACCAUAGUGCCAGUGAUCCCGUACCCAUGGAUGUAGAUAGGGUCGCUAAGGGGAAACCUAAAGGCGGCAAGGGCGAUGGUCGUGGAAAGGGUGGAAAAGACAAAGGUGGAAAGGGCGGCAAGCCCAAUGGCGGGAAACCGAAUCCCGGUGGCGGUGGAGGCAAGUCUCAGAAUGCCAACCAGCCGAAAGGCGGCAAAGGAAAGGGAGGCAAAGCACAAAAGGAGACGCGAAAGUGCCAUCACUGCCAUAAGGUUGGACAUCUUGCCAAGGAUUGUUGGCUGCUGCAUGGCAAAGGCAAAGGCAAAGGCGUGCAUCAGGUUGCAGAGGUAAACCCUUCAAGUGCAGCGAGCGAGGCACCCACCAUCACGACAUCAGGUGGAGCGGCCAGCACGAGUGGAACAGUGCGGCGAGUUCAGGUGUUUGACUUGAGUGCGCCCGCUGACUGGUUCAUUGGAGGGCAUGUUCGUGCUGUCACAUGUGCGAUGCAGUCAGCUCGGAAUCCCAAGGCAGUUCAGAGCCCAGCAGGUCCCAGUGGCCAGGUUGCGAUCGGCCAGGCGUGCAGCAGCGACAUUUUGUCACCAGAAUUUCUUGAGAUUGUCCGAAUGCUGGAAGGUUCAUGUUUGAACAGUGCAGAGCCAGUGCGCGUUCUUGAGAGUAGCGAUGCAGUCAGCUCGGAAUCCCGAGGCAGUUCAGUCCCAGCAGGUCCAUUUUAUUUUGAUCAGAGCACAGUGCCACAGGUGUCCCAGGCUGCGCCAGCAGCAGAUCAGAGCACAGUGCCACAGGUGUCCCAAUUUGACAUUUCGGCCGAUGAUGAUUCAGGAUCGUGGGAGCACGGAGUUUCUGUGCAUGAGCUCAGCACUCUCAAGCGCUUGGAGCCCAACAAAGGCUUUGUGUAUGCUGUUCAGACAAUCCAAGAGUUGCCCUCAGCUGACGAUGCCCUGGAUGUGAUUUUGGAUUCAGGUGCAGACAUGAGUUGCUUGCCUCUUGAGUAUGCACAACAUGGUUUCGACCACGGUCCUCACAAUUUGCAACUGCGUGAUGCGCAAGGCGAGCCGCUUGCUGUGAACGACCUUCGUGAAGUUGAGUUUGUCGUUGAGAGCAGCACAGGGGAACAUGUGGUGUGGCGAGAAGUUUGUGCGAUCGCCCCAGUUACUCAGCCUCUCUUGUGCAAGGGCAAGCUCAUGAAAGCAGGUUGGUGGCCCGUCAGACAGCCAGACAUGGCUCUUGAGCAUGACAGCGGUGUGAGGGUUCCGAUUUCUUUCAAAGGAAAUUCCUUGUGCGUUCGAGCAAGCAUUUUCAGGGUUGGCCAAGAAUCCUUGAGUCCAGCAGGGCAUGUGAUGUUUGUCCAAGCAUCAGUUUGCAAUGAAAUGGCCGAUGCGAAUUUUGGAUGGCAAAUGUCAGGCACGGGAAACUUGUACUUUCGUGGCAGGAGCACUCACUACAUUGAUCCGUCGAUCAUUGCGCCAGUGGGGUGGCCCUGCAGAACCACUUUGGUCAAGCCGUGCACACCUGAUCAUAAUGCCUGGAUUUUGCUUGAGCAUUGCGUGCACUGGGGUGAGUUGCGAGAGCUUGCGGCCAUUUUACCGCACGGAGAAAGUGAUGUAGUAUGCAUCCUCUCUUCGUCACGUGAAGAGUUGUCCGAGUUUGGAGUGGAACCUCACAGAUCAACGCAAGGGCACAUUGAUUGGUCUGGCCCGCAACCUGGAGACCCAGAUGCUGAUGAGCUUGCAGAUUACGAGCCUUCCGAAGCCGACAUGCAGGACACUUCUGCUCCACAGUUGGUGGAGGCGAUGCCAGGUGUGCCUCAGGUCCACAGGGAUGUGGAGGUGUUGCCAGAUGCCGAGGGCGUCACAGGCGAGGCGCCAGUGCCAGGAAGCAACAGUGACAUUCUUGUGUUUGAAGGCGUUGAGCUUUCCCUGCAGAGCACAUUGAGUGUGAUUCGUACGGCAUGCAAGUCGGCUGGGAUAUCCGUUUCAGGGAGCAAGCAGCGUUGCCUUGAUCGCUUGAGGGGUUACCUUGACAAGCAGCAAUUGGCCCUGAGUGCCGAAGUUGCUCAGACAGUCGGAGAUGACAGUACGCGUGAGCCGAAAGGGCAGUCCGUCACCAAGGCCCCAACAGAAGCCGAGAGGCAGUUGCAUGAGCUGACCCAUUGGCCAUUCCGGCCAUGGUGCGAUCACUGCAUGGCCAUGCGUGGUGUUGAGGACCGGCAUGAAUCACUGCCGGGGAGUGCCGACACUGAGGUCCCGAUCAUUAGCUUCGAUUAUGCCUUCACCAGUGUGUCAGGUGCCGAGGGCCAGGGCAAUGCAGCUAAGUUGACCGUUCUGGUUGCACAUGACACCAGCACCGGCAGUGUGCUAGGGCUUCCUGUUGCAAGCAAGGGGCGCGAGGAUCUGAAGUUCAGUGCAAUCGAGCUUACAAGGUUCGUGCAAGGCUUAGGCCACAACAGCAUUUUCCUUUGCUGUGACAAUGAGCCCUCCACGUUGGCUCUUCAAAGUCUUGUGGUCAAUGUUCGGACCAAGCUCGGGUUCAAAACCAUGAUCCGUGAUGCGCCGGUGCACUCGCAUGCAUCAAAAGGCUAUGUGGAGAAGGCCAUAGACUUGGUGAGAGGUCUCUCCAAUGUCUUGCUUGAUCAGGUGAGAGUCAAGUACAACUUGAGUGCUGAAACCAUCAGUGCAGAUCACCCUUUGAUGGCAUGGAGCUAUGUUCACGCAAGUUACAUCUUGAACAGGUUCGGAGUGAAAGGCGGAGCAACGGCAUUCGAGCGUGCCACUGGUUACCGUUUUGCAUCCAAGCUCGCCUGCUUCGGAGAACCGGUUUGGGGUUUUAGGCGUGGAAAAUCUAAAGGGGAUCGAAAAUGGCAUAGGGCAGUAUUCUUGUCGAAAACUACAACAAACAAUAUGUACAUCUUGAUGAAUGCCCAGGGCGUCUGGCUGACACGAUCCAUCAGACGCAAUGCCAAGCCUUGGUCGGAUGAAGUGAACUUGAUUUUGGAAGGAAAGGGUUUCCCUUGGAAUUACCAGUUGGGAGUUCUUGGAGCGAAAAUUUUCCCACAGCCACGGAAUCGUGUUCCAAAGCCGGCCGAGGACGCUGAUGAGGUGUUUGAACAGCAGCAGAGUGCGCAAGUUGAUGUGUCAGGUGCCAGAGGUGAUGAGGCGCAGGCAGUUGCAUCAGGAAUGCCGAGUGUGGCGGGGAUGGCGGGGAUGCCUCCGCUUAGCAGCCAGCCACCGAACCCUGCACCAUCCUCCAGAGCCACAUUGCUUCUUGAUCGUCACGACAGAGGGAGUGCGAGUGUCCCAGGCAGUGUGCCAGCGAGUGUGAGACCUCCUCCUCCUGCGCAUGCUGCGGUGAAUGAGUCACCAAUGGAAGUCAUGGGGACCGACCCACCGACAUCCUCUGAUUCAUCUGCGUCUUCCUCUCCAGAAGCCUUGCCCACUCAGCCUGUGUUUGAUGACAGCACCAUGCUUGCUGAGGUGGUAGAAAGUGUUCGAGCAGGUGCCAGCACAGGUCGACAGGCUGAGGCAGAGCCAGAUGAGUCCCAUGCAGCAAAGUUUCAGCGGAUCGCCCGAGUAGGCCGUGAGGACUUCCCAAUCAAUGAUGAAGUUUUGGAGUCCGCCGCAGAAUGGGAAGAUGCAGCACAGUAUGUGCAGCUUGGAGAAGAUGCCGAUGCAGAGCUUGAUCCAAGCCUUACCGCUGAAGAGGCAAAGCUUCUUGAAGAUGAAGACCUUCUAUGGUUCGAGGAGAUCCCAGGCCUCAGUGACGAGGAGUUGUCAGCCUUGGAUUACGUGGCAGACACUUUUGAGGUGAAGCGACUUCUUGGAAAACAAGUCUUGGAGGAAGUCGGAGACAGCUUUGAUCUCAGUGGUUACAAGGAGCUCUCCACGAAGUUCGUGAGAACGUGGAGGCAAAAGAAACGGCAUGGGCGCAUGAUGUUCUUUCGUAGAUCACGCUUGGUUGCAAGGGAAUACAAGUGGAUGGAGCGUGACCGGGAAGGUUUGUAUGCCCCGGCGACGUCGUCGCUCACCACGAAACUUCUGCCAUGGCUGUUUUGCGAGAUGAACAGGCGUCAGGAAGGUGCAGCCACAGACGAUGAUCCCAUAGGCGUCGUGGCUCUUGACAUAAAAGAUGCUUUUCUUUGUGUCCCACAGGAGCGUCCCAUGCUGGCCAAGAUUCCGGGUUUUCCUAAAAGGAUGCGGUUCCUCAAGAUGCUGCCAGGGCAGAGAGACGGAACGGCCAGGUGGCAUUCGUUCAUCAUGGAAUACAUCCGCGAGAAGCACCAGUUGUCUGUGUGUGCUGAGUGCCCUUCCUUGUACAAGCUGAAGGAUGCGAAAGAUCGCUCCAAUCCGGGUGUGAUCCACGUCGACGACCUCUGCCUUGUUGGGUAUGUGAGGUGGAUCUUGCAGCAACUGGUUCCCAGUCUUGAAAGCACUUUUGAGCUGUCGUAUGAGGACAUCUUGGUGCCCGACACCAGCAAGCUGCUGGACAGUGCGAAGGCUGCGCGCUUUCGCAGCGCAAUCGGGAUUGCAAUGUAUGUGUCCCAGGAUCGACCCGACGUUGCCUUCACAGUGAGGAUUCUGUCUCAGAAGCUCCGAGAGCCGACAAUGCAAACUUGGAGUUCGGGUCAGAGGUUGGCAUCGUACUUGGCGUGCACCACAGGUUACGCAAGCAAGGUGCAUGCCCGAGGUGACAAGCUUAGCAUUCUUGAGCCUUCCGAUCCUGGUGGAGCGCAUGAUGGAGUGCUGCUGGAGGUGUUCUGUGAUGCAGACUGGAGCGGCAACAAGCAGAAUCGCCGCAGCAUGAGCAGCAGCUCGUUCUUUUUGAACAGCUGCUGCGUCUAUACUUCGUGUAAGAGCCAACGCUGCGUGGGCCUCAGUUCCACUGAAAGCGAAUUUUACGCCUUGGUGUCCGCGGCCUGCGACGGCAUCUACUUGAAAAGAGUUCUUGAAUACCUGCUUGAACUACCGGUAGAUCUUUUGAUGAGGACUGAUAAUGCAAGCUGUCGCCAGAUAUCUUUGAAGCAGGGCGUAUCAAAGAUCAGGCAUCUUGAUGGAAGGUUCCUCUGGGUGCAGGAGAAGACCGCGGAUGGUACACUGAAAGUUGGCUCAGUCGACGGGCGAUGGAACCCGUCAGAUCUUGGAACCAAGGUCCCGGCAACUGGGAGUCGCUUGAGAGCAUUGCUUUGCAUGCAUGACUUCGUUGACUGUGCCGGUGAUUGCAUCCAAGAGGUAGGCCGUGCCGACUAUGAUCAGUUGGUCGAGUCGUUGCAACACUGCAAGGACACAGCCCGUGUCCGGCGAUUGAUCAACAAGUCGCUGAAGACCAAUGGUUUGAGCAACAGCAAUCUUGUUUUGAUGAUGGUGAGCUUGAUUGCAGGUGCAGAUGCAAGUGGCACGAGGCGUGAUGUGAGUGUUCAGACAGAGCCAGAGGCAAGAUGGUUCAGCGUUUGGGUGACCGGUUUGGUCAUCCUCGUGUCUCUGUUGAGUGUCAUGCUGAGCCUUGAGCGGCUGCGGGCCGAUCGCCGCAGGGACGAUGCAAGCGCGUAUAGGACCACCAGUGCCGAGCCGAGCACGUCUGUGCCAGAGUAUGGGCGUUGGAGUGUGAUCACCGCAACCCUUUGCGGUGUGCCUUCGCUUGUGUGCUUGAUGCUCAUGAUGCAGCUACGCAAGUUGAGAUUCUUGUUUGUGACAGAAAGGCAUGAGACCGAUCGCUUGCAAGGAGUCAUCAAUGAAAUGGACUAUGACCGCAUGAUGUGGGCAGAGCACCAUGCACGUGAGGGUGCAUCAGCGUCAUCAUCAGGUGUACCGUUGCAAGUUGCAUCCCACAGUGGACGUGUGGGCGAUGUGCCAGUGCAUACGCCAGAGUUGCAUGUUUAUUGCACUGCAAGGCGAGGCAAAGCUUACCAUGCGAAGCGCGGAUGCACAUGCUUGAACAACGCUGAUGAGAUCCUGCGACUUGGCUUAGCAGAGGCCAAGGAACGUGGCUACCAGCCAUGUGGGCGAUGCUUCGGAGGCAAUCGCAAACAGAAAUGA